AUGAAUCAUUACGAUACUAGCCAGUCACUUCGUCAGCUCAAGAUGAAGUGGCCAAAGCCAAAUGUGACAGUCACAUACACCAAUCCUCAGUAUAAAGCUCCCGAUAGAGCGAAGGAACCGGAUGGUACCGUGUUUCUUUCUAAGUUCCAGCACCUAGCCAUCAAAUAUGGCAAAGUGACCGAGCAUCAUCCUGCCGCCCCCUGCGGAAAUGUCAUUCCUGAGGAUCUAGAGAAGCUGCGCUGGCUUGGAAAAGAGGUUCGUAAAUGUCAACUUGAGAAGAAAGAGCCUAUUGAAGGUGAUAGUUUGGGAUGUUUCUGGUCCCCAGCCCGAACCUGA